AUGGAGGAAACUGCCCUGAAACCAAACGGUACUAAAGAGGCGACCCCGGUUGAUUCGGCGACUCCUUCCUUGGAGGGAACACCAGUGUCAGCUGGAGUGCUGAGCGCGACGACUCCCCAACCACAACAACCACCACCACAGAAGCUCGUGCAACCAUUGCAGCCCGGUGGGAGCACCAAGAACGGGCUCUUUUCAAAUGCACUUCAAACGUGGACGGAAAUCGAUUUGCCCUCGUUGCAAAGAAAGCUAGAUGACCAAGGGUUGGAGUUGAAGGAAGACCAGAAGAAGUCUUUGCUCAACAGAAAGGACCUUGCUAACAAGACCAAGGAAUUCAAGAAGUUGGCUGAUGAAGAGAAACUCUCCCAGUUUAAAACUUUGUUGAAAUCGUACCAAAACGAAAUCGAUUCGCUUACAACCAAGAAGAAGACGGUGGAAAACUACUUCUUCGGCAUUUAUAGAUUGAUCGCCGAGGCGCCAGAUCCCAAACCUUUGUUGGAAGUAUCACUCGACGCCGUUGUAGAGUAUUCAGAUGCCGAAAAUUUAAAGAAAGAGGUAUCUAGAUUGAAUGAAGAGCUCUCCAAGAAGGCAGACUACGAUCAAUUGAAGCAAAGAUUGGUCAGAAACGAACAGAAGCUGGCUGAAUUCUUGAGCAACCAGUUGAGGGCCAAGGAGGAUGAAUUCAAGGCUCUUAUAGAUGAGAAGGAGGUAAAUUGGGCGGAAAAGGAGAAGUCAUUCAACAAGCAACUUGCGGAAUCCAAGCAUAAAAUCGAAGAAUUAAGAACUUCCAACGAGGUGACUACAUUGCAGUUGAAGGGAAGUGGCAAUAACGAAGACAAGUCACAAGCCUCAGCUUCUAUUAUCACAGAGUUAGAAAUAGUUUCCAGAGAUGCAGAGAAUUCCAAAAAGAGAAUUUUUGAAUUGGAAAAGAGAAAUGAAAAACUCAGAUCCGAAUUAAGCAAGUCCCAGAACGACUCGGAAUUAGACACACUCAAGGAAACAUUUAGAAGGAAGGAGAGCGAAUUGGAAGGAGAAAAUGCAUUAUUAAUAGCAAAUCUUGAACAGACAAAGAAGAAGCUUACCACUUUGGUUCAGGAACAAAGCACCAAGAGUGAAUCGUAUUCUAAACAAAUCAACCAACUUAAUCAAGAAUUAACCAAAUUGAAGGAAAAGAUAGAUCUCACAAGCGAUUACGAUGAGUUGAAGCAAGAAAAUCAGUUAUUGAAGCAACUUCAAUUUGGCCAGGAUUUGGAUGAAGACAACAAUGAACCUAAUGAAGAAGGUGAGAAUGGAGGAAAUGGCAAUGACAAUAUUGAUUCGAUCAUCAUUCAAAGAAAUAAAGCCUUGACCCAAGAAUUGGCCGAGUUUAGAUCUCAACAUGAAUCCUUUGUAAAUAGAAUAAAAGAGCUUGAGCUUGAAUUGAAUUCAACCAGCGACGAACUUGCUAAAUCUCAAUUAUUAAAUGAUAGACUUGAGAAUGACCUUGUUGACUUACAAGAGGUUGGUGGAGCAGGAGGUAGCACUAUGGGAAGCACUAGAUUCAAUGAUAACAUGAGCUUAAUAUCGGGAGUGACGAAAAUGACAAAUAUUAUCGGAGGUGGCAAUGGUCGUCGUAGUGGAAGCAUAAUUGGUGAAUCAUUGACCGGUGGAAGCUCGGCGACAAUGGACGACAGCUCCAUUCUUCCAAUAAUAACUAAACAAAGAGACAGAUUUAGGGAUAGAAACAAUGAGCUCGAGGAAGAAAUAAAACAACAAUACAACACGGUGAGUGACUUAAAGAGAACGGUGAAUAGUUUGAAAAAAGAUAAUGAAGAAUUGUACGAGAGAACUAGAUACUUGGCUCUGUUUAAGGAUAAUUCAGCUAGCAGCACCUUUUCAUCUAGAGGUUCCAAUAGAAAGUUAUUGGAACCUAAACCUAAUAAUGUGACAUUUGAAAAUCCGUACCAGGCCAACUACGAAUCCAAAUUGCACCCAAUUGAGCAAUUCAGAGUAAGAGAGCAGGAAAGAAUUAACUCCAAGCUUUCGCCAGUGGAAAGGUUAUUUAUUUCAUUCUCAAGGGCUAUUUUAGCCACUAGGACCACCAGAAUGUUGUUUGUUAUAUAUUGUGUGGGAUUGCAUUUUAUUGUGAUGCUAGUCACUAUCUACUCGAUGGGAUUGAAUACCCAGAUGAUCCCAGAGGUAGGAAUCAAUGGUAGUACAGGAGGAAUUGCCACAGGUUUAACGGGCUCUCCAGAUGUAGAUGCCGCAGCAGUAGUGAAUCCUGGUAUAUAG